CACACUUUCCUGUGUGGUGACUGCUGGAGGCGGCUUGAAGAUGGAAGAGACCUACCUUUCCAACCACCCAGGAGUGAAGAAGAAGAUUCUGGCUGGAGGCAAAGGGCCGCUGCCACACUUUCCACCUGGGACCAAGCUGGUGUUCCACUUCCAGACGCUGUUGGACGACUUUGAGCGGACGGUCAUCGAUGACAGUCGACUGGCCGGCAGGCCCGCUGAGAUCUUUGUGGGAAAGAUGUUCAAGAUGGAGAUCUGGGAGACCCUGCUGAUGUCCAUGAGGGUUGACGAGGUGGCGGAGUUCUGGUGCGAUGCCGUUCACACAGGGCUGUAUCCGAUUGUGUCUAAGGGAAUGAGGCUGAUCGCUCAAGGGAAAGAUCCCCUGGAGGGCCAGAGACACAUGUGUGGCAUGGGGAACGUGUUCCACUAUCACUCCACUGGUUUCCCAGAGCUGGAUGAGCUGAUGAGAACCCCUCAACCACUUAUAUUUAUCAUGGAGCUGCUGCAGGUCGGAGACCCCAUGUCCUACCACCGAGAGUCGUGGAUGAUGGAAAAGGACGAGAAGCUGCAGAUGGUGCCAAUUCUCCACAUGCAGGGCAACGCGCUGGUCAAGCAGGGACGAUUCCGGGACGCUGCCAGCAAGUACAAAGAGGCGGUGCUGCUGCUGAAAACCGUCCAGUCCAAAGAGAUGCCGGGCGAUGUAGACUACAUUAACUUGGGUCGAAUGAUUAUCCCUCUGGAGCUGAACUACUGCCAGUGUAUGAUGGAGCUGGAGGAGUAUUACGAGACGAUCGAGCACACCACCGAGCUGCUGGAGAAACACAAAGACUGUGUGAAGGGCUACUACAAGAGAGCCAAGGCCCACGCUGCCGUGUGGAACGAGAAGGAGGCUCGCAGAGACUUCAACAUGGUGUCCCACCUCGACGUCACGCUGGCGUCUCUGGUCCACAGGGAGCUGAAGAACCUGUCGGAGCGCAUGAAGGAGAAGUACUGGGAGGAGAAGGAUCAGUACUGGAACAUGCUGGAGACAAAGGAGGGCAAAAAUGAAGAGGAGGAGGAGAAAAAGGGGUAUGAGGAGGAGGAAGAAAAGGAGAGGGAAGACAAGAAGCAAGAUGAUGGUGAAAGUGGGACCACAGAGAGUAAAGAUGUCGGACAACGUGGAGAACCAAAAGGUGAACUGGGAGGAGAUGAAAGCCCAGGGAAGAUUCAACCGGAUGAGGGUGCAGGUGACGAGGAGGAGACGAGCUCCUCCGAGGGUAAAGACUGGCAGCAGAUGCUCCGACUCGUCAUGAUGCUGCAGAACGAAGGAAACUUCCUUGUGAAACAAAGCCAGUUCCAGGAGGCCGGUGAGAAGUUCAAGGAGGCCAUAGAAUACGUGGACAUCCUUCAGAAUAAGGUGGAUCGACGGGGCGAGGACCUGGAGUCACUGGAGAAAGUGCGUCUGCCCCUGACGCUCAACCUCAGCCAGUGCAUGCUGGAGCUGAAAGAGCACCAGCGAGUGGUGGAGCUCACCAACAAGCUGCUGAAGAAGCACAAAGGUAACUUUAAGGCGGUGUACCAACGGGCUCAGGCGCACGCCGCUCUGUGCAAUGAGGACAAAGCUCGAAGGGACUUUGAGACGGUCGAGAAGUUGGACCCGAGCUUCAAACCCUUUGUCCGCCUGGAGCUGAAAAAGCUGUGUGAGCGCGUCCGCUCCAUGCACGCCAGCCAGAACAAGACUUACUGGGACACGAUGCAGGAGAAGUGGGGGCCUAGUGGAAGCCAGAGCAACAGAGCGGCAAGCGAGAAGAACGUCAAAUUUGCACCGAAAGCCACAGAAGAAAACGCUGAAGUAGAUAAGACGGCAGAAGAGAGGGAAAGCUCAGAGAAACCCGCCCCUGCCGAGACGGAGGGAGGGGAUGAUGCAGAAACGGAGAAAAGCCCAGAUGUGAAAGCAGAGCGGCGUAAUAAAGAGCUAGAUAGUGGGAGAGUGAGGGACGAGGAGUUAGAUAAUGAAAAUAUAGAGAGUGCUGUGGAUCACGAGUAUGGCCAGGGUGCGGCAGAUAAUCGAGCCCCAGAUAAAGACAGUGAUCCUGCGGCCACCAGCACAGGCGGAGAUAAUGUAGUGAGCAGGAGAUCAUCGUGUGAUAAGGGCGGAAAGAAGGUCAAAUGCCAAUCAAGUGCCGAAGCGAGCCCAAGCGAAACAAGCCAAGGGAACAAAGCCACCAGUGAUAAGACAGGAAACGCUUGCACUCAAUCAGAGUAGACCAAUGGGCCGAGAUUGUCUUGUGCAGAGCCAACGGCUGCAGGCGACGCGAGCGGGCGGAGAGAUAAAUAGAACGAAAGAACUGGAGAAAGAAAAGCGACAUGGACGCAGGAGGUGAAUUAUGAGGAAAGACAAGUGAUUAACUCCCAACGGGAAAAUAUUGAUUCGGCCACAUACAAAUAUAAACACCAGAACAAUAAUUCAUAUAAACACCGUCCUGAGUCGAGUUUCAUUAUUCAGCUCUCAGAGGGAUGACUGCAAGCACAUAAAAAUAAAAAUAAAUAAAAACCCAGGCAGACGGGGGGGGUUUGGCAAAUACAAAGUUUUUUAUUUCUGUACACAAAGAGUAGAAAGCAGCCAGUAACCCACAUGUUAAUACAGUAAAAAGCCUUUUCAUCAGAAAACUUUUUAUACAGAUUAAAAACUCCAGAGAGAAAAGACAGCGAGACGUGUUUGAGUGCUGGACAAAAACCACAAAUCAAAAAAAGAAUUAAACAAUUCAACUUUGAAUGAGUCAUGAGGUAUAUUAAUGGUGAUUUAAAAAAAGAAAAAAGUACACCUCAGUUCAUCAGUAAUGUAAGAGUGUGUGUAUAUACUGUGUGUGUUAGUGAUCUCAAGUCGUAGGUGAGGUGACACACAAGCGCACUCGCAUUUGUUGGAUGCUCAAGACGCACAA